CAUCCAAUGCGGCUCAUCACGAACCCAAACAUUAGAGAUUUUGGCGCGCAAAGUCUUGAACUGCUAAAGUCAGUCAAGAGACCAUGUGUUAAUCACUGAUAUAAGUGCCAUCAUUUACACAAAACCGGUGACUAUUUACACAAUUUACCGGGAGGCAAACACCAGAAACGUCAUUAUUAUGUCCAUGGAUAAUCGUACAACAAUGUGGCAUAAUAGAGCAACUAUUCUUGCUGAGUUCACCAGUCGACCAUCAAGGGAGUCUUCUGGAGAAGACUUAACUAUAGAGUGGUCAAGCAGUGAUGAGGAAGUGAUCCAAUCUAUCCAUCAUCCUUCUUCAGCUUAUGAGACUGGAGUUUGUAGUUCCAUGAACUACCAACAAUCUGAAAAAUAUGAAAAUUCAAUAGAAAGUUUUUCAGAUCAGAGGUUAUUCUCUGGAGAUGAAGAGGGACAGAUCAGUUUUCAGAAACCAGAUGAUGGAAAAACACUAUUAAGUACAAGUUGUAAUGAGGAGAAAAAACAUAAUUGUCAAGGCCUUCAAAGCUCUCUGCCUUCAUUUAAACAUCAUGAUUUAAUCAAAACGGAAAAUGAAAUGGAUAUUAGGAAAUCUGAAUCAUUACUACCCAUCAGUGGAAGAUGUGAUGGAGCAUUAUCUUGCACAGAUGCACAAAUGCACAAAUGCAAGAUAAUGAAUGUACUUGAACCUCAAUCACCAGUUCUUGGUUCAAGAAGGAUUUUAGCUAGAUCUUGUUCUCCAAUUCUCAGGGGAAGAAAGGUCCAAAUGAAAACUUCAUUUGAUGUACUAAAAAAAAAGUUGACCUUCAGCAAUGCUGUAUCUGUGAAAAGACAGAUAAACAAUGAUGAUGUAUCAGUUAAUGUGAAAUUUAGUGCAGCAGCAACAGCCAGAACAGGGGAAUUUAAUGAUGUUCAUGAUACAAAGCCUGAUAAAUGUAUCAUUCAUCCCAGUAGUGUUCAAAAUAGAGUAACACAAAGCCCUGAAAAAAUUAAUUACUCUCUUGUAACACCUAGAGAUUGUAGAAGGGAACAUACACCUUCAGACUUCUUAGAAGAAGUAAUCCAGCUUGAUUCACAUGGAAGCCAAGAUAAUUCUAAAACAUUAGAUGUUAACUUGAAUCCAUUACUCAGGAGUGAUCUCAGUCUAUCAGAGGAAGAUCUUGAGCUAGAUAUAGGUGAAUAUACCUAUGAGAGCAUUUCUGUAACACUGGAAGGAACAGAUGACCAUCUGGACCAUAACAGCAAAGCAACUGCAAUACUACAUGAAAAUCCUUUAAAUGAUAUAAAUAUACCUGAGGAAAAUGAGUCUUCUGCUUCUGCUACUGGUCUGCUGGUGCUGGAUAGUAACACACGAUCUGGCUUUGAUUGGGUGAAGCAUCUUCAGACUCCCCAGAAAUUGUUGAGCGAUGAAAAUGUUGAUGGGAUGGAGUCUACCAAAAAGAAAUUAUUGAAAGAUGGGCAAGCACAACACCUGAAACAUAUGCUUAUGUCAUGGAGGUCAUGCAUCACUCUAUGGAGCCAUAAGUUUUCUCUAACAACACUGUGUGGGAUGCCUCCAAGACAGUCAUCACCAUUGCCAUCUAAGAUACAGCACCAUGGUAUCAGCAUAAAUGAUCCAGUGAAGUUGGAGUCUCAGGAAGAAAAAAGUGAAGUCAAAUCCAUGUGUUCUCCAUCUGUGAAGAACCUACAAGACCUCAUGGCAGAUAAUACAGCAUCUUCACCUGACACCCACUGGUCAUCCUCUUACAAAGUGUCACCAAAGUAUCUGGAUUUAAGACUGAUAGAUGUUGGUGGACAACUACCUAGCAAUGCAGCAUUAUGUGAGGCCACUGGCAGCAAUGUUGAAGAAUUUCAAAUGCCUUUGGAAAUAAACAAUGACAGUGUAGAAGCAGCUGAAACAAGAAAAAGAAAAAAAUUCCUUGUAUUCUUUGCUUUGGAUGAACACAGUAUUACAGGUCUCCACAAGUUUAAUACUGUCAGAAUUUAUGCUACUUGGCAGAAUCUCAGUGUCUCAGCUCAUGACAUCCCUACACUCUUCACUUCUUACUUCAAAUUUAACUGUAAAGAGGAGACAAGUCCCCUUCCAGUGGAUCACAGAAGAACUGUUCUUCACACCUGGACUUGCUCAGAUAAGCUCACAUCUACCUCUCUGUGUGAACCUUGUGCCUUUCCUUGGGUGUCCAGUGCCCAGGCUGAUAACACAUUAUAUGCUGCUCACUCAGGCUUGACCACUAUAAAGGACAUGCCUGAAUCACCCCCUCAGAAUGGCAAGGCAAGUGCUGGUACUAUCCUGGAGGCUCUAGAAAAGUGUGGAGGUAUAUCAGCUGUCCCAGUCAGUAUCACCAUAAGAAUUCAACGGACAGUCAUUCAAAGGGAACCCUCAGGCAGUGUGAAAUUUUGGGAGCUAGUAGGACAGGAUGCAGCAGGGCAGUUUUGUAUUGUGAAGAUCCCCAACUGGCCUCUUGCACACCAGCUCAUGGAGGCUCUUAAUGAUGCAGCUAAGAGCCACUCAACACACACCUUUACCUACCUCAUGAUGACGCAUCGUCUCACCAACACCCAAAAUCCAGGACUGUUUUCAUUGAUCACUUCACUUCACAAUUCUUACCAGAGAAGUGUGUUAGGAAAUCUUCUGCUGCAACCAUUUUUGCAGGACCUGGCUUCUUGUCCCCCACAGACUCAUUGUUAUGUCUUCACAGUUAGUCUUGGAGUGACUAAAUUAUUGAAUAAUGGAGAACAGAUCUCAUUUCCCAUCAACCUUCCCCAGUUGUCUCUCCAGGAAUCUCUUCAACUUGCAAACAAAGGCAAAUAUCCAAACAGAUCAGCAUGUGUCCAACAAAGAGUUGCCAAGUUCCACCAGGAAGACCACCGUGCAAUCCCUAUAUACAAGAAGAGGCCUGGCAAGGCUAAGAAGACAGAUACUAGCUCUUAG